AUGAAGAGAGAGGGUCGUCAACAUGGAAUGGUGAGGUCUUAUCGGAUCCUACCAAGUCCACUUAACCCGAGACCCGAUACCCGAAUAAUCACCCGGUUUGAUACUCCUCCCACUGCUGGAUUAUUCGUUAAGGUGUCAUCUAAGCCAACCAAUCACUCCAAAUUCACCGGAAAGUGUGGUACAUCACGUUGCACCGGGUGCCACCUCCACCCAGCUUGCAAGUCCAAGGGUAAAACCAAAGGUUCUCAGAAGCACAAAAAUUGGCAGGUCAUAGGACAACCCGAUUCAGAUUUCUUUGGUUUGUCGGCAACGCUGACACUUGACCAUAUUUCUAAUGAUUACCCGGAAGAUGAAGGCAGCGAAGAUGAUUGUGAAUGCAUUUCUUCUGAAAAGGCGGUUUCAUUUCGGAUGGAUCAAGUUCAAGAAGAAGAAAAAGAUGAAGAUUGGCUUUUGGUGGAACCUUGUUCUUGA